AUGGUCUGGAUACCAUGGCGCAGCGAGGCGUACGAGAAAGUCGGCCUUGACCACGACUCUUCCAAUGAUGACCCAAAAAGCAGAACGUCGAUGGUAACAGAAACAAAAAUACUGUGGAUACUAACAUCACUCAAUCUUACCAUUCUGGGUCUCGUUCUUUUCGGCGGCCACAUCGUUCUCCAAUCACACGUUGCCUUACCAUCCACACACUCCUCCUUGUCCUCUUCUUCGCAAGAAAUACCCAUCUCCAUCACACAAUGCGGUACCACACCCUCGGAAGCGCGCGCCCGCGGCUGCCGUUUCGAAUCCAACAACCUCGCGUGGGUCCCACCAGAAUGCUACGACGAGCAACUCAGCGCCGAAUGGGACGCCCAAGACUGGGAUUACGCGCUCAACUCGUCUCAAACACCCGUCUCAAAAUCCAAAGUACUGCAGGGCGAGCUCGAGGCCGUGUGGGUGACUUGGGGCCAGCACAUUGCGCAUUGUGCGCUGCUGGUGCGCAAGUAUCAGCGCGCUGUUAUGUUUAAUUGGCCGUUGGAUAAUUGGACGAGUAGCUAUGAGCAUACGGCGCAUUGUGCAAAGAGUUAUACAGAUUGGAAGCUUAUGGCGCACCCGCAGAAGAUGAAUGCGGUUGUGAAUUUGAAAUUUCCGACUUGUGGGUAUGAGUGGAAGGAGGGGAUCCUCGGGGCGGCGUCAUGA